AUGUGUGCAAGGCAUGUGUACUGUAACUUUAGGGGAGUGUUUGGAGGUGGUUUAGAGUACAGAAAACAAUUUUGGACUAUUGCAAAAAGCAACACAGUAAAUCACUUCAAUGAAAACAUUGAAGUAAUGAGGGGUAUUUCACAUGAAGCUGCUGAAGACCUACUGAAAAGGAACUACAAGAAAUGGUGUAGGGCAUUCUACACUCCAUUAUCUUGUUGUGACAGUGUAGACAACAACAUGAGUGAGGUGUUUAAUGCAUACAUCUUGAGUGCAAGGCACAAGCCUAUUAUUACCAUGUUGGAAGAUAUCAGAGAGGGUUUGAUGGAAAGACUGCAUAAGAAAAGAGAAUUCAUAGGGAAAAAGGAGAUAAUGUUGUGUCCUAGGAUCCAAAUUCAGUUAGAGAAACACAAAAUUUGGGCUAGGGGUUGGAAUGCAUACUGGGAUGGUGGGUUUUGCUAUGGAGUAAGAGAAGGUGCAACACAGGUUAAGUAUGUGGUGGAUCUGAACCAACAUACUUGCAGUUGCAAUGCAUGGCAGGUGAGUGGGAUUCCAUGCAAACAUGCAAUUGUUGCUAUAUGGAAUAAAGUAGACCACCCAGAACAAUAUGUCAAUGCAUAUUUCUGCAAACAGACCUACAUGAAGGCAUAUGAAUUUUUGUUAGAGCCUUUAAAUGGUCCUCAAGAGUGGCCUACUUCUGAUAGCAUUGUUGUGGCUCCAAAGGUGAAAAAGGUCAAUGGAAGACCUAAAACAAAGAGGAGAUAUGGUGUUGGAGAGGUAACUGCAUCUGGUAAGCUGAAGAGAACAGGUUGUUCUAUGAAAUGCAGCUUAUGUGGUGUGAUAGGCCACAAUAAAAGGGGUUGCAAGAAUGCCCCUAAGCAACAACAACACAGCAACAAUCAUGCUACUGCAGAGCAGACCACACCACAGCAACAACACCCAAGAACCAGUUCAGCUAUACCAAUGCACAAUAGGGGUGUGGGUAUUUAUACCUACCCAAAUGGGUAUCAAAGAAUAGCUACUCCUAUAUCACAACACUUCCCCACACCACAGAGGCAAAGACCUCCUGCAGCUUUCUAUUCUGAUCAUGGGCCAAGCAUUGCAGGAUCUUGCAAUGGCUAG